GUCCGGGUCGCGCCGCCGGGUCCCUCCUUACUCGCCCGUAGCGGGACACGCACUUUCCCUGCCGGGGCAGAAGCAGCCGCCAGCGGCGAGGCCCGGGCGGCUUGUGCGUGGAGGGGAACACGGGGCUCCUCUCCUCGUCCCCACGAGGCGCCUGGGGCUGUGCCCUGGGGGGACGCGCCUGAGGGCCCCGGCUGCCUGCAGCGGGGCGGCCCCUCCCGCUCCCCGAGGCAGGAAGAUGCCGGUGAAGAAGAAAAGAAAAUCCGCGGCGGCGGCGGUAGCGGAUGAGACCGGCCUCAAGAAAUGUAAACUGGGCAGCUAUUGCAGAUCGCAAGCCUCUGGUAAACUGAUAAGUGGAGAGGAGCAUUUUUCAAGCAAGAAGUGCCUGGCUUGGUUUUAUGAAUAUGCAGGUCCUGAUGAAGUUGUAGGGCCAGAGGGAAUGGAAAAGUUCUGUGAAGACAUUGGUGUUGAACCUGAAAACAUUAUUAUGUUAGUUUUAGCCUGGAAAUUAGAGGCUGAAAGCAUGGGAUUUUUUACCAAGGAAGAAUGGUUAAAGGGGAUGACCUCGUUACAGUGUGACUGCACAGAAAAGUUACAGAGUAAGUUUGAUUUUUUGCGGUCACAACUGAAUGACAUUUCAUCCUUUAAGAAUAUCUACAGAUAUGCCUUUGAUUUUGCAAGGGAUAAAGACCAGCGAAGUCUUGAUAUUGAUACUGCAAAAUCUAUGUUAGCGCUUCUGCUUGGAAGAACAUGGCCACUGUUCUCAGUAUUUUAUCAGUACUUGGAGCAAUCAAAGUAUAGAGUUAUGAACAAGGAUCAGUGGUACAAUGUGUUAGAAUUCAGCAGAACUGUGCAUGCAGAUCUUAGCAACUACGAUGAAGAUGGUGCAUGGCCCGUUCUCCUUGAUGAAUUUGUUGAGUGGCAAAAAGUUCGUCAAGUGUCAUAGCAAGAACUUUGAAGAAAAUGCAGAAUUUUUUGAUGCCCACCUCUAUACAAACUAAUGAGACAAAACCAAGGGUUGCAUUUUCAUGCUUAUGAAAGACUUUACAGUGAUUUUUUUUUUUUCCUUUUUUUUUUAAAGGAAGUUUUCUUGUUACAUGUGAUAUGGGCAUUGAACCACACCUCUUCUGAGACUGAAAGUUGGAGUUUGUUUUUGAGUCUUAUGUUUAUAGCAUUUAUUUCAGAACAAUAAAGAUCCAGAUUUGUGACAAAGGCCUAAAAGUGAAGGAUG